AUGAAUAACAAUAGAGGAAGAUUUCCGCCGGGAAUUGGAGCGGCGGCGGCUCCGGAUCCCAAUUUUCAGUCACGGAAUCCGAAUCAGCCUCAACAGUAUCUUCAGUCACGAGCUCCGUUUCCGCAGCAACCUCAACAGUACGUUCAGUCUCGGACUCUGAAUCCACCGCAGCCUGAAGCUUCACAGUACGUUCAACGAGGUUACCCACAAAACCCUCAACAGAUUCAACAACAACAACAAUGGUCUAGAAGCGCUCAGCUUCCUGGUAAUCCGAGUUAUGUAGAUGAAGUUGAGAAGACUGUUCAAUCUGAAGCUAACAAUGAUUCUAAUAAUCAAGACUGGAAGGCAACGUUAAAGCUACCACCUCGAGAUGAUCGUUACCAGACAGAGGAUGUGACUGCGACGAAAGGAAAUGAAUUUGAAGAUUACUUUUUGAAGAGAGAUUUGUUAAGGGGAAUAUAUGAGAAAGGUUUUGAGAAGCCAUCUCCUAUUCAGGAAGAAAGCAUUCCUAUUGCUUUGACUGGUAGUGAUAUUCUUGCUAGAGCUAAAAAUGGUACAGGGAAGACCGGUGCCUUCUGCAUUCCAACCCUCGAGAAAAUUGAUCCAGAGAAAAAUGUUAUUCAAGCCGUAAUUCUAGUCCCGACUCGAGAGCUGGCCCUUCAGACAUCACAGGUUUGCAAGGAGCUUUCCAAAUAUUUGAAAAUUGAGGUCAUGGUCACCACUGGCGGUACCAGUCUGAGAGAUGAUAUAAUGCGAUUAUAUCAACCUGUUCACUUGCUGGUUGGAACUCCUGGAAGAAUAUUAGAUCUUACCAAAAAGGGUGUGUGUGUUUUGAAAGAUUGUGCAAUGCUUGUAAUGGAUGAGGCCGACAAGCUUUUGUCUGCAGAAUUUCAACCUUCUAUAGAGGAGUUGAUACAGUUCUUGCCGCAAAACCGUCAGAUUUUGAUGUUCUCAGCUACAUUUCCUGUCACCGUGAAGUCUUUUAAAGAUCGAUAUCUCAGGAAGCCUUACAUUAUCAAUCUCAUGGAUCAGCUCACACUUAUGGGUGUUACCCAAUAUUAUGCCUUUGUUGAAGAGAGACAGAAGGUGCACUGCCUUAACACGCUUUUCUCUAAGUUGCAAAUAAACCAAUCCAUUAUCUUUUGCAACUCUGUCAAUCGUGUGGAGCUGUUGGCCAAGAAAAUCACAGAACUUGGUUACUCAUGCUUCUAUAUCCAUGCAAAGAUGGUUCAAGACCAUAGGAACAGGGUUUUCCAUGAUUUCCGCAAUGGUGCAUGCAGAAAUCUUGUUUGCACUGAUUUGUUUACACGUGGGAUUGACAUUCAAGCUGUGAAUGUUGUCAUUAAUUUUGAUUUCCCCAGGACGUCUGAGUCGUAUCUACACAGGGUAGGCAGAUCAGGAAGAUAUGGACACCUUGGGUUGGCUGUGAAUUUGGUAACUUACGAGGACCGCUUCAAAAUGUAUCAGACCGAGCAAGAACUUGGAACAGAAAUCAAGCCAAUUCCUUCACUUAUCGAUAAGGCAAUCUACUGUCAGUAA